GACACCACGACACCGUCCGACUCCGACGCCGACUCAGCCUUCGAGGGCCACUCGACGGCGAGCACCUCGCUCGCCUCCUCCAUUCUCAACUACGAGUACUCCAACGGGCGCCGCUACCACGGCUACCGCAGCGGCGCAUACGUGCUACCCAACGACGACGAGGAGCAGGACCGCCUGGACCUGCUGCACCACAUCUGGCUGCUGCUGCUGGGCGGAAAGCUGUACGACGCGCCCAUGGCCGCCACGCCGCAGCGCGUGCUCGACAUCGGCACCGGCACCGGCAUAUGGGCGAUCGACUUUGGCGACGAGAACCCGGGCUCUGAAGUGCUCGGCACCGACCUCUCGCCCAUCCAGCCGACCUGGGUGCCGCCGAACGUCAAGUUCUACAUCGACGACGCCGAGAGCGACUGGAUCUACGGCGCCGACGAGAAGUUCGACUUCAUACACUGCCGCGGCAUGUCCGGCGCCAUCAACGACUGGGACCGGCUGUGCGUGCAGUGCUUCCAGCACGUGCAGCCCGGCGGCUACGUCGAGUUCCAGGAGCCCAUGGCGUGGGUGGAGAGCGACGACGAGACCAUCAUGAAGGCGGAGAAUAUACGGAAGUGGCAGGAUCUGUGCAACGAGGCUGCCGCCAAGUUCGGGAAGGUCAUCAAGGUCGGCGACACCCUAAAGGAACGCAUGCUAAACGCGGGCUUCGUGGAUGUCUAUGAUAAAUGCGUCAAGGUCCCCGUCGGCCCCUGGCCCAAAGACCCCAAGAUGAAGGAAAUAGGCCGCUACCAGCGCGAGCACAUGGCCAUGGGCAUUGAACCCUACACACUAGGCUUCAUCGGCAAAGUCCUCGGCUGGAGCGAACCCGAAUGCAGAAUCCUAAUGGCCAAAGUCAUAAACGAAGUGCGCGACCGCUCGUUGCACAUGUACCUCCGCUUCUACUUCGUGCACGGACGGAAGCCG